AACCGCCGAAACCUACGACGCCGUGCGUACCGCGCCGAUCGCCGCGCGUGGAAUCGAUUUCCGGCGGGUUUCCAGAAGCGGCAGAAUAUGGCGUUGAGAUCGAUUUGCCGGCUGUCAAUUGAUUCGACCUUCAGGCAGUCGAGCCAUUUCGGAGCCACCGCCCGGCCGAGACGACCGUCCCACGACACGCUCCUACGAAGUAUCGCCGCAGCAGCUGGGAACAUGGCACUGCCACGCGUUUUCUUCGACAUGACCGCGGACGACAAGCCCGUGGGCCGCAUCGUGAUGGAGUUGAGGAAGGAUGUCGUCCCCAAGACGGCGGAGAACUUCCGCGCGCUUUGUACCGGAGAGAAGGGUUUCGGCUACAAGGGUAGCAGUUUCCACAGGGUGAUUCCGAACUUCAUGUGCCAGGGUGGUGAUUUCACCAACCACAAUGGCACCGGCGGAAAGUCCAUCUACGGCGCCAGGUUCGAGGACGAGAACUUUAAGUUGACUCACACCGAGCCUGGUAUACUAUCUAUGGCGAAUGCCGGCCCCAAUACCAACGGCAGUCAGUUCUUCAUCACCAGUGCCAAGACCAGCUGGCUCGACGGAAAGCACGUCGUGUUCGGAAAAGUCACCGAGGGCAUGGAUGUUGUUAGAAAAUUGGAGGCCAUGGGUUCUCAAAGCGGCAAGACAUCCAAAAAGAUCAUAGUAGCGGAUUCCGGAGAGUUGUAGAUCAACUAGAUACUGUAAUGACUGCAUUUUUAUUUAGCUGUUGCAUACCUAUUUGCUGUCUUUAUUGCCCUACUUCAUCCAUUCCUAUCGACCAAGGUUCUCUCAUCGACGCUAAUAAUUUGUUAUCGGGCACGGAAUGUCAAACUUGUCGAAUUUUGUAGAAACAAAAGAAAUUGUCUGCAUUGAAAUGUUUUCUACUCUAUUUCAAGCAAUUAUACUUCUUUUUUAUCAGAGGAUAAAGAAUCGUUUGCAGUGUGACUUUUUUCUAUAACGAAGGAUUUGCUAAUUCAGAAAUCUUGCUUCGUUCCACAGUCAAUACACCUGUGUGUUAUAAGAAAAAUAUGUGUUAAACUUUUGUUGCGAAAUCCAUAUUCUUCCACACACUCGCUUAGUAUCGCUAAGUGAUAUAGCGGAAAUGACACAUGUAUGUAUAUCACGAUUAGAGAAUCCUCAUUGUAUGUUUUUUUAUAAAUAUAUAUAUAUACCAUUCCUCUUCUCUGCCGGAAAAAAAAACAAACAUCCCGUUUACCUAUCGUAACGCGGGCAAUGCCUGAAAGCGAUACCAUUUUACUGUAAUACAA